AUGGAAUCAAAUUCGGUAGUGCACAAUGGAGGAUGCCAUUGCAGGAGAGUAAGGUGGCGAGUUCAAGCACCGAGUAAUGUUGUAUCUUGGGACUGCAAUUGUUCUGAUUGUUCCAUGAGGGGUAACAUUCACUUCAUUGUCCCUGCUGAAAGGUUCGAGCUUCUGGGAGAUUCCAAAGAAUUCCUUACGACCUACACCUUCGGCACGCAUACAGCAAAGCACACAUUCUGUAAGGUUUGUGGCAUAACUUCGUUUUAUUAUCCACGAUCAAAUCCAGAUGGGAUUGCAGUUACAUACAGAUGUGUUGAUCCGGGGACUCUCACUCAUGUCGAGAUUAAGCACUGUGAUGGGAGGAAUUGGGAAAGGUCAUACAUUCAGACAGGCAUUGCUUCAUACUCUAAAAUUGCUGCAUGA